AUGUCUACACUCGAAGAUCUCGACGACAUCGAGCGCCACGAGAAGGAAGAGAAGAAGGACGAUGAUAAGAAAGACGGAGACAAACAAGGAAAGAAGGCCGAUGGCGAUGCAGAGAUGGAGGAUGCAGAGCCAGAGGAGGAGCAGCUCGACGAGGAGAUCCUCAACUCAAGCACACGAGACAUCGUUGCACGAAGGCGGUUACUGGAGAAUGACAUGCGCAUCAUGAAGAGCGAGUACCAACGACUCACACACGAAAAGGCCUCAAUGAACGAGAAGAUCAAGGACAACCUAGAGAAGAUCGAGAACAAUAGACAACUGCCCUAUCUCGUUGGAAACGUCGUCGAGAUUCUCGAUCUGGACGUCACCGAAGAAGCCGCUGAGGAGGGAGCAAACAUCGAUUUAGACGCCACCCGCGUCGGCAAGUCGGCCGUUAUCAAGACCUCUACGCGACAGACCAUCUUCUUGCCCCUCAUCGGACUAGUCGAUCACGAGAAGCUCAAGCCCGGUGACCUCAUUGGUGUGAACAAGGACUCAUACCUCGUUCUCGAUACAUUACCCGCAGAGUACGACAGUCGGGUGAAGGCUAUGGAAGUUGACGAGAAGCCGACUGAGAAGUACACUGAUGUCGGAGGUCUGGACAAGCAGAUUGAGGAGCUUGUCGAGGCUGUAGUCUGGCCUAUGAAGGAGGCUGAGCGAUUCAAGAAGAUUGGCAUCAAGGCGCCAAAGGGUGCACUGAUGUACGGCCCUCCUGGUACCGGAAAGACUCUUCUCGCGCGAGCCUGCGCUGCGCAAACCGACGCCACGUUCCUCAAGCUCGCCGGUCCACAACUCGUACAGAUGUUUAUCGGUGACGGUGCAAAGUUGGUCCGUGACUGCUUCGCUCUGGCGAAAGAAAAGGCCCCCUCAAUCAUCUUCAUCGAUGAGUUGGAUGCCGUCGGUACAAAGCGAUUCGAUUCCGAGAAGUCCGGAGACAGGGAAGUUCAGCGAACCAUGUUGGAGUUGCUGAACCAGUUGGAUGGUUUCGCCUCAGACGACCGUGUUAAGGUCCUUGCUGCGACGAACCGAGUCGACGUCUUGGAUCCCGCUCUGCUACGUUCUGGACGUCUGGACAGGAAGAUCGAAUUCCCGCUACCCAACGAGGAGGCUCGUGCACAGAUCAUGCGCAUCCACUCGCGGAAGAUGACGGUUGACGACGCUGUCAACUGGCAAGAGUUGGCGCGUAGUACCGACGAGUUCGGUGGUGCGCAGCUGAAGGCUGUGUGUGUCGAGGCUGGUAUGAUCGCUCUCCGGACUGGUCACCAGAAGAUUAGUCACGAGCAUUACGUUGAUGCUAUUGCUGAGGUGCAGGCUAAGAAGAAGGACACGGUCAACUUCUACGCUUAAGGUGUGGUUGAAUGGUGGUGGCUUGCACUCGAAUGCCAGGCUUGUAAUAAUACUUAGACCUUCAGCAUAGUACCAUAGCGGGAAUGACGAUUACGAAUAACAAGGUUGGGUCGCAGUCAUCUAGCGUGACUUUUGGGUUGGAUGCCUCGUGAACAGCACACUUCAUGAAGAACGAGGGCCGCACACAGUACGCCUACUUCUAUCAUGAUACUCACGAUGACUGAAUCAGUUUCCAACACGACAGUCACCCGAAAAGAAUGUGACAGAAUGAAAGCUGACAUUUGCAGGACCUGGGUGGAUGACAAUCACCGCGUGCUGGAGCAUCACACAAGCACUACGCCUCAACGACAUCUGCUUCUUGCUUAUGAUUAUCA